AUGAGUAAACAUGCUGAUAAAUUUAUGGGGGGUAUGUUAAAACUUAAAAUUAAGAAAAAAAAAAUAGAUAAAAAAUGUAGAAGCCAGGAUAAUGAUGAGCAGGUAAAGGUCAGCUAUGAUCAAAAUGAACAAGUGAAAAGGAAAGAAAAAUACGAAAAAGGCGAAAAAGAAAAAAAGGAAGAAAAGUACGAAAGAGGCGGAAUAGAAAAAAAAAAAAAAAAAAAAAAGGAGGAGGAUAUCACUGUACUAAGUGGGAGUGGAAGAAUAGUAACGACAAAAAACACGAUUCAAGGAUUUGAAACCAAAUUUGUAGAAGAAAUAGAGAAAGGGUAUAAAAUCAUUUUAAAAAAUCCUACUAGUUUGCAGACAGAAGAGAGAACAGUCAUCUCCAUUUUAAGUAACAGAACGUUACUUGUUGAUGAAGAAUUUUCAAGUGAUAUAAGUACGACGUGCAAAUAUUAUAUUAGCAAAAGUGGAAGAGCUGAAGUUGGAGUUGGACAAGGAAAAGGCAAAGGGGAAGAAGCAAGGGAAGAUGCAAGGGAAGAUGCAAGAAAGGCACAUGAAAACGAACAUAGCAACACAGAAGAUAAGAAAAGUACCACUUAUUUACAGUAUGCUAAAGUAAUAGAGCAAAAACCAAAACACGAUGUUAUAAAAAUAAGAAAAAAAGUUGGUCUAUGGUCUUACAAAAUGGUUGAUAAAAAAAUUAAGGGGAACUUAACUAAUGAACAAAAACUAGAUGAACGGGUGAAAAGUGGGAGGGACAAAUUCUGUUGGUGA